AGUGAGACAAAUAUCAGGUAUGAUGAGUCUCCCCAGAACUCCAUUCAAAGGCAUUUCAGAGGAUAUUCGAGGACGAGUAUCUUGCUACAAGCAGGAUUGGAUUGCUGGAAUUAGAUCCGGAAUAGGGAUAUUAGCUCCAACUACCUACAUAUUUUUUGCAUCUGCUCUUCCAGUGAUAGCUUUUGGAGAACAAUUGAGCAGAGAAACAGAUGGGAGCCUCAGCACUGUGGAAACUUUAGCUUCUACAGCAAUUUGUGGUAUCAUUCACUCGAUACUCGGGGGACAACCUCUUAUGAUACUAGGAGUUGCAGAACCUACUAUUAUUAUGUACAGUUACUUGUACAAGUUUGCUAAAGAGAGAGAAGAUUUAGGACAGACCCUUUACUUGGCUUGGGCCGGAUGGGUUUGUGUCUGGACAGCUCUCAUGUUGUUUCUUCUAGCAAUAUUCAAUGCCUGUUCUAUCAUAAGUAAAUUUACAAGGGUUGCUGGGGAAACUUUUGGAAUGCUAAUCGUGGUGCUUUUCAUUCAAGAGGCAAUUAAGAGUGCAGUAGCUAAAGAGUUGGAACAUUUGAAAGAGGCAAUAAUGAAAGGUGAAAAUGAAAAUGCAAAUGACGAAAAGUCUGAUGGUAUAUUUGAUCCUGAGAAGCACAUUGAUGCUUACUUGCCCGUUCGAGUAAAUGAACAAAGAGUCAGCAAUCUAUUGCAGUCACUGUUAGUAGCAGCAUCUGAAAUCAGCUGUGGGAAAGAAUGCUGCUNACCAGCUGUGAUGAUAGCCGGACUCUAUUUCUUCGAUCACAGUGUUGCUUCGCAGAUGGCACAACAAAAAGAGUUCAAUUUAAAGAAUCCUUCUGCUUAUCAUUACGAUAUGUUACUCUUGGGAUUUAUGACUUUGCUAUGUGGUCUACUUGGAUUUCCUCCUUCAAAUGGUGUCCUACCACAGUCCCCAAUGCAUACUAAAAGUUUGGCUAUUCUUAAGAAACAGCUCAUCCGGAAGAAGAUGGUUGAAAGUGCAAAGGAGAGUAUCAGGCAAAAAGCUAGCAACUCUGAAAUUUAUGGAAAGAUGCAAGCUGUAUUCAUAGAGAUAGAUAGUUCUCCUAUUAGUGCAGUAGCUAAAGAGUUGGAACAUUUGAAAGAGGCAAUAAUGAAAGGUGAAAGUGAAAAGGCAGAUGACGAAAAGUCUGAUGGUAUAUUUGAUCCUGAGAAGCACAUUGAUGCUUACUUGCCCGUUCGAGUAAAUGAACAAAGAGUCAGCAAUCUAUUGCAGUCACUGUUAGUAGCAGCAUCUGUAGGUGCUAUGCCAGUGAUAAAAAAGAUACCAACCUCAGUUCUUUGGGGAUAUUUCGCCUACAUGGCUAUUGACAGCCUUCCUGGAAAUCAGCUGUGGGAAAGAAUGCUGCUUCUAUUCAUAUCCCCUGGCAGGAGAUUUAAGGUCCUUGAAGGGGUUCAUGCAUCUUUUGUGGAAUCAGUGCCAUUCAGAUACAUUGCAAUCUUCACAAUAUUCCAAUUUAUGUACUUACUUUUUGUCUUUGGAGUUACUUGGAUUCCUAUAGCUGGCAUUCUCUUCCCCUUGCCAUUUUUUCUCCUCAUAAGCAUAAGACAACAUUUGCUUCCCAAAUUGUUACACCCUCGUCAUUUACAAGAGCUUGAUGCAGCCGAGUAUGAGGAAAUAGCUGGUGCUCCACAACGCGCACUUAGCUUCUCUUUCAGGGAAACGGAGACAACUCUUCCUAGAACUGAAGGUGAGAUAGAAAUUUGUGAUGCUGAGAUUUUGGAUGAACUUACAACAAGCAGAGGAGAGUUUAAAGUCCGGACUGUCAGCUUUAGUGAGGAUAAGCGCCCACAGGUUAUUCAUCCAACUGCAGACACAGAAUCUGAGUGAACAAUAUUUACUUGGCUCUAGAGUGUAUUGAAUCUUGAGUUGGUACCAUUUGUAUGUGCCCAUAUAUGUAGAGUGUAUAAUACUACAAAUUGUAGGUGUAGUUAGUACUCUACUAUAGUAUAAGAUGUACUUUAUAGAAGUAUUUUACAAUUGUAAGCAAACUUCGUGUUGAGAAUGUAAA